AUGGAUGCGCUGCAGCACUUGGUGGCGCCGCGACGGCCGCUGCCCUCGCCGAGGUCGAAGGCCCGGGAUGGCGCCUCGAGGAACGUGUUCGCGCUGCCGGUGAUCCACCAGUUCGAGCCGGUGCUGGCGUCCUCGCCCAAGUCCUACAUGGUGGCCAACGCCUCCACGAGGAAGAAGAGCGUCGGGGGCUCGGACGAGGCUGCAGUUUCUGGUGGAUCGCCGCCGGUUGUGCCGAGUCAGCCCCAACGCCCACGGAGUAAGGAGGGGGUGGACUCGCCUCGAGUUCUGCGGCCUCAACCGCCGACUGGGAUCUCGUCGCGGACGGACGUGGACAUCUACAGGUACAGCCAGGGAGCGGAGCAGCGCAUGGCGAUUCGCCCGCUGUUCGAGGAGAGGAGGGGGUCGGAGGAUGGAGAGAGGCCGUCGUCGACGAAGAGGAAGGUGAAGCGCGGGACGAAGAAGGGGGAAGCUGUAUCGUGUGGAGAGGAUCAUUCGAGAGGCGCUCAAGAAGCUGUGGAUGCUGUGGACAAUGAUGCUUCGGAGAAGACGAAGCAUGAGGGUGAGGAGGACAGUCGUAUGCACGUGGAAGAAGGAGAAUUGGAGGAGCUGCCGAGUGGCGCGUCGAACCAAGACGAUGUGAGGACCAGCUCCCCCUCUCCCGAUGACUGUUUGGGAGCAGUCGUUGCGGACACCCAAGAUUUGAUAAAGCAGGAGGAAGAGGACCCGGUCUUUAGCCACCAGUUCAAGCCAAACUCGAGUCCUGUAGCAAAUGUGGGCCCGAUGCUGCUGAAAAAGCUGGACGUCUCGACUUGCUACGAGCCAUUCUUGCAAACGGAAGGCCCCAAACUGACCUGGCUGCGAGACGUGAUUGAAUCAACAUCACCUGCUUCUGACACAGCAGAAGUAUGCCAGUCUGCAGCCAAGCGUGCUCUGAAGUCGGACGUUUUAGUGUACAAAACACUGGCAAAGGAUUUACGUACACUCAGAGGCUGCAGCGUGCUUGUCACUGUUCUGCUGAGCUCACGUGGAAAUUCUCAUAUUACGUGCAAAGGUGGCAGCGAUGCUGGCCAAAGCACCGUUGACAUCACUGACUCCGAUUUGGAGCAAUCCCAGCUUCUUCGUCCCGACUUACAGACGCUAACACCCAAGUGGGCCGACUGGAUCAUUACAAAAGUGCGCUGCGAUUCAAGACUGAGCUUCUACAUCGACCUUUCUGAUGCUGAGGGCACCGAAAAACGGGUCUGCUUUUCGGGAACAGCCCAUGUCAAUGACGCAGAGGUCGCUGUGGAGAUGGUUGCGUUGGUAGCAGCCUCAAGCUUGCUCAUAUCGAUCCGCGAUGCAGAAUCCGGUGCUAAUGAGGCGAAGAUUCUGCUGAAAGCGGAUGAUUUGCGACGCCUUGCACUCGAGAGAGGCAAGAUGUCUGCUGUUGACGGUACUGAGCGAGACGUAUCUGUAUUGUUUGAUGACCACGAUUUUCUCUCCGAGUUAGCUACCAAAAGCAACGUCAUUCGCCUCGGAAUGAGCUGCACGGGGUUUGUUGAUGAAUGCGACGCUAUUUUGCUGACAAAUGGAUCCUCGGCAUCGCCCACUGACUUUACCGAUGAUAUUACUGGAAGAGCAAGUCCGUUCGUGAAGUUCGAGUUACCUGACUCGCCGAAUUACGUCCAAGAGGCUGUUGCAGAGAACAAAAUGGUCGGGACUGUUGCGGUGCUUGUGCAGGCGUACGUGGAGAAUGGAAUCCUUUCAACAUUACGGCAUUUCCAGCAGCAAGAAGCCCUGCAACUUAAUGUAGCUGCCUUUAUACAGCAAGCCGCUUGUAUUGACAGCGAGGCCGCCUUUAAUGACCGCGUUGAGCAAAACCUAGAGGCUGCUAAAUUGGCAAAGCUCCGGGCAAGUUCUCGUUUCAUGGAAAUCGCCAUUCUCUCUAUCGUUGACGACAUGAUUCUGGACUUUAUCGCGUUCGAGUGCCGCGUCGAGAUCCACGCGGCCAAGUACUCUGGGGGAUACGAUGAUCACUACGCGAGUAAACUGCAAGCCGCUUUCCGUAUGAGUGCUCAGAAGAAGUCGUACGACCACAAGCGGCACGUGCGUAUGCGCGCUGCUCAAAUGCUGCAGGCUCUUCAACGUGGAAUCAUUGCUCGUCGACGGUACAGCGAAAUGAAAGUCGAGCGAGAGAAGUAUUUGUUCUACGGAUUCCGAUCGAGUCUGUACCAUGCGACAGCGAAUAUGAAAGACCCGAGACUUCGAGCCCAUGAACUGAGCACGGAGGCUGAACGGAGACGACACGCCUUCCUCAUGCAGGUCAUCCAAGGAUACGUAGCUGAGAACUUUGCCGAGGAGGAGUUCCGCGUGUCUUGUCAGACUAUUCAAGAUAUCUACAACGAGUACGGUGUUGUAGUAGGAUGCUCUACCAACUUUGGCGAUAUCGUUGCGUCCUAUCUGGGGAAGGCGCCAGACCAAGCGCUGUAUGUUCGCGUUGGAGAUUUUAGCCAUGGUCCCGAUGCGACUGCACCACCGAGACAGUAUUCAAACAGCCAGGUCAGCGCAGCGCUUCUCCUUGGACUGCGAGACCAGUACGACGACACGUUUGGCCUUUCUUCGACUGCUCGUCUAAUGAGCACCGGCAGGAUGCAGCGACUCAGACGUAGAACGCUGGACGCAGACGACGCAACUCCUCCGAGGUGGAUGCUGAAGACAAGCUUGCCCUUCCAGCAGUCCAAUCUCGACCGAGUUGCUGGCCAGCGGCUCACCCGCAAGGCUGCUGGGAAGAAGUCGGCUCAUCUCGUUGCUCGAGACUAUCGCAACACACUGGCUUCGUCGUUUGACUCUUUUGACAGUUGCCGAGCCACGUGGGUGGUGGACGUUCAAACUCGGCAAGAGCAGCAACGCACGUUGGACUCUUUUACGGUGGAUGAACUCGCGCAGCACUGCCUCGAUCUGCUGAUUUUCUGCGUGAAAGAUUGGGGAAUCGACCCGGAUCCUCUCUUCGAGGCUCUGAAUUUGUGUGGGCGCCACUGCCAUGGAAAAGCAGCGAUUCAAGUGCUGGAGGACAAGUUUAAUACAUACGCAACAAAGAUGAAUGAGGUCCAUGGCAAACAGAGCGUACUCACUUUGCGUGAGGAGAUCUCUCAAGAGCUGGAAGACUUUGAAAAGCUCCUGGCACUGCGGAUCUUGAAUAUUGCGGUAGACGAAGCCAUCACAGUGCCCACGAGCGAGCUGCUCCACAUUAUGCUGAAAGGCAAUCUGGACGAAGAGUACAUCCGACACGGCCUCCCCACUGUGUUGCCUAUCGCCAGCAUCACCGAAAAGCACGAGCUAGCGCGCAAGAUGCUCUACGGAUACGCCAACUCAUCGUAUGGUGACGCAUUUAACCUCGUGUGCUGGAGCUGCUUGGACGUAGCAGAAAACGUCACGGUGGAAGCAGCGCGGCUUCUUGACAAGCUCACCCGCCCAACGACCGACCACGGCGAAGCAGAUGGAUCAGUCACGUUGUUCACCAGCGAGUUAAUGUCCCGCCAAGUCACGAAGAAAUCGCUCACCCGCUCCUCUGAAUCUCUCGCUGCUCGAGCGCUGUACCUGCUCACGGGGUCCCAAGCCGUGCGCUUCCUGCAGUUUCUAUCCAAAGUGGCUCACUUCAACAAGUCCAUCCAGAAGCGCGUGCUUGCCCACCUCGCUCCUUACGCUGAAAAGUACGAGAUGCAUCGUCUCGCCAGUGCGAUCUGCUCCAUCGAAGACUUCUCCAUCGUAUCGCAACUUUUCGACGAGAGUUUCUCCGAGGACACUCUCAGGUCUUGCGCAUCUGUGUGGGCCCAGUACAAAAGCCUUUUCGGUGAUGAACGAUGCUGCAAAGCUAGGGACUCCAUCCACAUUCACUCAGAACACACGACAGCAGCGAAUUCAAGUGAGGGACAAUGA